AUGACAGCUCAGACAAAGAUCUUGCAAACAGCUAAAAAGAUCUUGCAAACAGCUAAUACCCCCACAACCCCCAAUGAGACCGGCCUUAUGGUAGCCCAAGCUAUCCUCGAUCUUGAGACUAACGUCCCCGAUCUCACCGCCAAAAUUUGUCCCCUCCAAAUCAGCGCUGCUUGCAAGGUUGAGAUCAAGAGUGGACGCAAGGCCAUUGUCAUCUUUGUACCUGUCCCUCAAGUCAAAUCUUUGCACAAAGUCCAAGGCCGGUGA